ACAAGUGACAAAUGACAUACUAUAAACAAAACCGUCGAGAAAACAAAAGGUUUGGCUUAUAAAAAAAAUAGUAUAAUGUAUAAUAAAUAUUUUACAAAGUCUUCAACAUUUAGAGCCAAAUAAAAAGAAAAAGUAAAUGCAAUAAGAUUAUCAAACGGAAUUACUUAUAUAUUUUAGAUAUCUUAUUUUAGUAAGUUCGAUUCAUUGGCUUUCGACGACUUCAUGGAUUGAUUGCUGCUAAAUAUAAAUAAUUUAUUAUUGAACAUCCGGCAUACAUACUUAGAAAACUAAAAAAUGAAUAUCAUUGAACAGAUUGAUAAUAAAGAGACGAAAUUGCAAGAUACAGAUUUCCCACAUAUCUGCAGAAUAUGUCAAAGUAGGAACAAUUUGCUGGCAUUUGAAGAACAAUCAUCUCUAAUGGGGAUUUUUAAACUUUUAACAAAUAUAGAGGUCAUCGCCAAUCCAGAUAUGCCUCAAAAUGUAUGCAACAAAUGUAUAAGUAAACUUCAAUCCAUUGAAAAUUUUAUAGCAAAAUGUAUAGAAACCGAGAAUAUGCUUCUGAGGCUGCUACCAAAUAAACAAAUUGAAAUUAAGACUGAAAUAGUAGAACCAGAGGAUGAUGAACCAAUGGACACUUGUAUGAUAGAACUGAUUAAAAAUGAAAUACAAGAAUGUGAGGUUACCACUGUGGAUGAAUGGAACAUGGACUCUAAUCAUGUGCAAAAAAAUGUGUGUAAGACAGAACCAAUUAUUGCAGCAAAGGAUGAUUGGGAAAAUAGACCUUCUAAUUCUAACAUUGAUGACUUUAACAAUCCCAGUUAUUCAGACAUACUAAACAACCAGGAAGAGAAUAAAACAAAGGUUAUACAGGAAGAGUAUAAAACGAAGAAUAUACAGGACGAUAAUAAAACGAAUGUUACAGUUGAAAAAAGCAACCAUACUCGAAAAAGUUAUAGUACUCGUUAUAGCGUAAAGGUUAUGCAGGAAGAGAAUAAAACAAAAGUUAUACAGGAAGUGAAUAAAACGAAUGAUACAGUUGAAAAAGGCAACCAUACUCGAAAAGGUUACUGCAUUUACUGUGACGCAGAGGUACACCAUUUCGUCAAACACCUGGAAAGAAUACAUAUUGACGAACCCGAAAUUGAACUUUUAUUUUCUGAACCACCCGGCACCAUUAAAAGGAAACAGAUGAUUUUAUCUCUUCGGAAAAGAGGAAAAAGCAAAAGCGAUUUAAAAAGAGACAACCCCAACUCAUCGGAAACACUAAAUAUCAAGAUGCCAGAAAAAGCCUCCUGGGAUGCAGAGGCAAUGAAGAAAGCCUUAUCCUUCAUUGCCAAUGGUGGAGCAAUUAGAGAUGCAGGACGAAAGUUUGGAAUACCCGAAUCUACCAUUCGUUUAAGAAAGAGAGACUACGAUAGAGGAUACUGCGAUGUUACUGGACCUCAAAAGGGUCGACAUCCUGUUUUUUCGCAGGACAAAGAAAAGCAUCUAGCGAAUCGUGUAUUAAAAAUAGCAAAACUGUUUUAUGGUGUCACAAGAAAUGAACUUCGCCGGCUAGCAUAUUCUUAUGCAAUAUCUAACAACAUUCCGAACAACUUUAAUGUUAAACUCAAAAUGGCAGGAAUAGACUGGUACAAUACAUUUUUAAGUAGGAACAAUGAGUUAAUAAAAACAGAAUCAACAAUCGUAAACCGAAUAUCUGGUUUUAACAUAAUACACAUUACUGAGUUUCUCACGAAUCUGAAGACUCUGUACGAAAAAUAUCGCUUCAGAGAUGACCAGAUUUUUAACGUAGAUGAAACCGAUAUUUCUACCCUCCAAAAUCCUUGUAAACGUCGUGGCUCCAAAGGAACGAAAAAGUUGGGAGCGAAAACUUCUGAUGAAAGGGGAGAAACUGUUACUGUAAUUUGUUGCUGUAAUGCUGCUGGUACAAGUUAUGUUCCCCCUGUGUUUAUUUUUCCAAAAGCUCAUAUGACUAACAUCUUGAAAAAUAACGGGCCGCCCAAUGCAAAAUAUAGUUUCUCAAAAUCUGGGUGGAGCAAUGAAAAAUUAUUCUAUCAGUGGCUUCAGCAUUUUAAGGAUAUUGUGAAACCUUCCACAAAUGAACCUGUAUUAUUAAUUAUGGAUAAUCAUUCGAGCCAUAUGUCUGUAGACAUUUAUGAAUUUUGUAAGCAGAAUGGGAUUGAAUUGCUAAUCUUUCCACCCGGUAUAUCCCAUAGGUUACAGCCUUUGGAUAUAAGUUUUCAUGAUCCACUCAAAGCAGCUUUUAAUCGACAGUAUGACAACUACCUCUUACAUUUUGAAAAAGUCACACUCUAUAAUUUGUCAGAAAUCUUUCAUAAAGCUUACAUUGAAGUUGCUACAGAGGACAAAGCACAAUCUGGAUUUAGUGCUUCAGGAAUAUGGCCCUUCCAGCCUGAAAAAUUUAAAACCGAAUAUUUUUUGGCGUCUACUCAUACGCCAGCAGUAACAAUACAUGAAGAGGAUCAGCAAUCUGACGCGGAAGUACAGUUUAAAGUCCCUAAAUUCGACCUUAUUACAUCAACUCUUUUACAAGCAAAUGAAGACUUGAACCACAUCCCAACUCAUCGCGCAGGGAAAGUUCAACGCCGUGCGAGACAAUUAACCCUGAAAAAAAGAUUAAAAUUAACAGAAAAAGAUAAAUCUGGAUCAGAAAGUGAACCUGAAGAAGAAGAAAUUUCUGUUAGUCAGUUAAAUGACGACGAUGAACUGGACGUGGCAGAGGCUGACCUCGAAAGCAGAUGUUUGGUUUGCGACGGCUCCAGUAAAAACGAAAAUGAUGAAUAUUGGUUUCAGUGUUCAGUUUGCAGUAGAUGGGUUCAUCAGUUAUGUAGUGGAGUUGACUCUCCCGAAAGUUACAUCUGUAAUUUUUGUGACUGUUAAAUUGUAUAUUUUUAAUUUUCAAAUAAAUUAUAUUAUACAGGGUGUCCCGAAAAUAAUGCGUUUCUUAAAGGUAUAGGUAGACGGCACCAUGUAGAGCAAAAAUGUCUUAUAACAUUUUUUUCUAAAUUCAACCGUUUCGUCAAAAAACCAAAAUACAUUUUGGUAUGUAAAUUGAAAUCUGGCAACUACGUGCAAUACAAAAAUCUAAAGAUAGACAGUCACAAUUCAAAAAUACUAGUUUUCUUUGUAUGUUUACAGUUGUAUCUGGUAGUAAAGUAAUAAAUCAUGUAAAAUACCAACGAAACCGAUAUCAAUUUCGGCACGCGCCUUUAGUAUGUACAUUACACCCUGGCUUCGUCCUCAACAUCAAAGAAAACAAAAAAUUGUUUUGUUUGAUUUUCAAACAUGGGGGGUAUGGUUUGAAACCAGCAUUUCAAGCACAUUUUUGUGAUUUUUUUUUAACUGUGGUACGUUUAUUUUAUUUUUAAAUUAAAUAAGCUUAUUAAGUACAAUUUAAAGAAUAUUUAAAAAAAAUUCAAGGAAUAAUAUUGAAAAAUAAGCCAACGUUGGAAAAUUUUUACAGACCUUAAAAAAAUAUGGAUUUUGCGAUGAACAUCGGCACUUGUCACUGGAUCACGUGAAACAAAAAAUCAUAAAGAUUUUAUUAGCUUAUGAGUUUCUCGACACAACGCUGUCGAUAAUUUUUUAUUUUUAAACGAUUUUUGAGUUCUUGGUAUAAAAAAAAAUAAUAAUAAAAUAAAAUAAAAAGUUACUAAGAAGAUAUAAACCUCCGAGAGGUUGAAUCGGGUUUAGGUCUUAGCGUAGUAAAAAAAAUAUACAAAAAAUACAUAAAAAACAAAAGAAAAAAAACUAAAUAAAAAAUAUAAUAAAAAAAAUUGUUGAAAAAUAUAUAUUAAAAAAAAUAAAAAAAAACAGAGUAAAAAAAACUUAGUAGUAGGUAGUAAUAGUUUUAAAAGAUACUAAGCAUAUAUUUUGUAAAAGAGAGAAUUCAAAACACAUUGACUGACCAGUUGGUUGCUUAAACCAGUGCCAAUAAAACAUAAACACACACACACACAGUUCUUGGUAUCACUCGGAAGUCAAAAAACGAAAUUCUUUGUGACAAAAGGAUGAAAAUCAAAAAUUCUUAGGUGCAUUGAUUGCAUUUUAGGAAUUAAACCAUAGUUACCUAAAUAGUACAUACAGUAGGAAAAAUGAAAGAAUACCCAUGAACGAACAUAUAAAACACGCUGUAUUUUCCUGUAACCGUGUCAAACAAAAAAUUGGCCAGCGCAAGUACAUGUAAUAAUUAUUGUUACAUGUACUUGCACUGGACAAUUUUCUUUGUGACACGGUGACAGGAAAAUACAGCGUAUUUUAUAUGUUCGUUCAUGGGUUUUCUUUCAUUUUUCCGACUGUAUGUACAUAAGUUUCCUUAUGUAAAAGUUCUCCUUAUAGACGAGGGCAUUUAGCACAAAAUAAAUAAAUUUUUAAAUACAGCACCUAGAGACUUGCAAUUUUUUGCAUUAUGUUCAGGAUGACGUCAGGAAAAAAGUCUACUAUUCAAAAAUGGGUGGAAAUGCAUAAUUACACUGUAAAGUGCAUAAAAUGCAUCCAAAAUUGCAUAAAUAUAAAAAUAAAGUCAAAAUCUGUAUACUAAGAAACAAAAUUUAUUAUUUGGGGGUUUUGGGGGUCACUGAAUACGAUUACGCAAUCAGAACAGACCCCUGGAUCAGCUGGUGACCAAGGUCAGUGCAAGAGACGUCAUCUUCUGGAGUUUCGAUGGUUUUCGGAAUUAAAUCGAUGCAAAUGGAUUACUCACGGAUUUUAGGGGUCACUAAGUUCUAAUAUGCCAUCAGAAUUCAUGAUCAGAAUUCAUGAACAGACCUCUGGACCACCUGGUGCCCAAGGUCACUGCAAGAGACGUCAACUUCUGGAGUUUCGAUAUUAAAUUGAUGCAAACGGAUUACUUACGGGUUUCUGGGGUCGCUAAACACGAAUAUGCCAUCAGAAUAUUGAAUUCAUUCCGGAGUACCUAGUGCCCAGGAUCGCUACUAUGGCACGUAAUCUUCUGGAGUUUCGAGCGUUUUCGGCAUUAAAUUGAUGUAAACGGAUUACUACGGGUUUUUUGGGGUCGGUAAACACGAAUAUGCCAUCACAACCGACCUCCUAUGCACCUGGUGCCCAAGGUCACUACAAGGGACGUCAUCUUCUGAAGUUUUAAGGAAUUUUGGCAUUAAAUUGAUGAAAAUAAAUUACUCGGGGGUUUUUGAGAUCGGUAAACACUAACAUGCCAUCAAAACAGACCAUCGUAGAACCUGGUACCCAGUGUCACUGCAAGGGGCGGCAUCCGCUAGGCGAGGUUUUCGGUACUAUAUUGAUGCAAACAGAUUACUUAUAGGAUUUUGGGGAUGCUGAACACGAAUACCCGAUCAGAACACACCGGAGGACCUGGUGCCUAAUGCACGUCAUCUUCUGGAGUUUUGAAAGUUUUAUGUACUCAAUUGAUGCAAACAGACUACUCACGGGUUUUUGGGGCUGCUAAACACAAAUGCGCCAUCAGAAGAGACGCUGGAGCACCUAGGCCUAAGGCACGUUAUCCUCUGGAGUUUUGAGGGUUUUUGGCAUUAAAUAGAUUCAAACGGAUUACUCAUAAGUUUUUAGGGUUGCUGAAUACAAAUACGCCGUCAGAACAAACACCGGAGCACCUGGUGCCUAGUAACCCCGAAGAAAAACCCCGCGAGUAAUCCAUUUGCAUCCAUUUUAUGCUGAAACCCCUCGAAACUCCAGAAGAUGACGUACCCUAGUAGCGAUCCUGGUCACCAGAUACUUCGGAAUUCAAUUCUAAUAUCAUAUUCGUGUUUAGCAACUCCAAAAAGACGUAAGUAAUCCGUUUGCAUCAAUUUAAUACCGAAAGCCCUCAAAACUCCAGAAGAUGACGUCCCUUGCAGUGACCUUGGGCACCAGGUGAUCGAGAAGUCUGUUCUGAUGGCAUAUUCGUGUUUAUCGACUCAAAAACCCCCCGAAUAAUCCAUUUUUAUCAAUUUAAUGCCGAAAUCUCUCAAACUCCACAAGAGGACGCCGCUUGCAGUGAGCUUGGGCUCCAGGUGCACAGUGAGUCGGUGUUGAUGGCAUCUUCGUGCUUAGCCACCUCAAAAACCCCUGAGUAGUCCAGUUACAUCAAUUUAGUGCCGAGAUCCCUCGAAACUCCAGAAGAUGACGUGCCUUUGUAGCGACCCUGGGCACCAGGUACGCUAGAGGUAAUUUUUGAUAUCAUAUUCGAAUUUAGCGAUCCCUAAAACUCGCGAGUAAUCCGUUUGCAUCUAUUUAAUGCCGAAAACCAUCGAAACUCCAGAAGAUGACGUCUCUUGCCGUGACCUUGGGCACCAGGUGAUCCGGGGAUCAGUUCUGAUGGCGUAAUCGUAUUCAGUGAUCCCAAAAACACCCCAAAUAAUAAAUUUUGUUCCUUAGUAUACUGAUUUUGACUUUAUUUUUAUAUUUAUGCAAUUUUGGAUGCAUUUUAUGCACUUUACAGUGCAAUUAGGCAUUUUCACCCAUUUUUGAACAGUAGACUUUUUUACUGAUGUCAUCCUGAACAUAAUGCAAAAAACUAUAAGUCUCUAGGUGCUGUAUUUAAAAAUUUAUUUAUUCGGAUGUUUUUAGUGCUAAAUGCCCUGGUCUAUUAUGUAAAAGUAAUCCAACACCUUUAUUAAUUCAGAUAAUAGUAAAUGUCACAUUAUUAAAGCAAGAUAUAAUUAUUUUGCAAGUAGGUACCUACAUUUCCGGUGAGAACAACCUUAAAAUCACACCUCAAAUAGUAAAUAAACAAGGGGUUCGAUUAUGUUAAAUUUGCAAAGUUACAAACGAGUUCUUGUACGACGAUGCCAGAUUAUUUAAUUUUAUGAAAAUAAAAGUUUACUUAUAUGGAGAACAAUGUAUUUUUUUAAACGAUUAACUUUAGAAGAAAAUGUUGAUAGCUUUUUUGUUCUACAUUGUGUAUUAUAUACCUAUACGCUCUGAGCUUCGCUGGUGUCGCUCCUAGCGGUUAUUAAUUCAACUUUUACCGGUAAUUUUUAAAUUUAUUAUUUAAUUGUUAUCGCUUAAUAUUUACAACGCAAAAAAGUAAUUAAAUUGUAAUCGAUUUUUUUAAGAUUUUGCUAAUCAUUUUGACGUUCUAUUGAUAAAAUAUGAAUUUCUUACUUCGGAUACUUUCACAAUUAUCGUGUAGAUGGCGCUAAGAUUAAUUUAUAAUUACAUAUUACGGAACAUUAAAAAAACUUAAAUUCAGUAUUUAAAACGUAAAUUUAUUUAAGUUAAAAAUAUACACCACAGCUUUGACCAACUAAUAUUUUUCCUAUUAAUGUUUUUAAUUUCAAUGUUUUCAGUAUUUAAGACGUAAGUAUAUUUAAGGUAAAAAUAUAUACCACAGCUUUUACCAACUAAUAUUUUUUAUAAUUAAUGUUUUUAAUUUUAAUUUUAAAUUAAUCACUUUGACAUUUAUGUCAAAUUUCCGGUAAACGUUUACAGACUUGCCACUACUGGCGCUCGCGAAUUUGUAAAUAUCCCCUCUAAGUACGAGCUUACAGCGUAUACCUUAAAGUUUAAAGGAACGCACUAUUUUCGGCGACACCCUGUAUAUCAUUCGGACUACCACAGAAAGUUGGUGGUUAAUGUAUAACAAUAAAACUCCAACUAACUAUGGGAGCCGAUUGUUUAAUGUUUCAUCUAGCCCAGUCACUCAGGUGUAAGCUCGUCUUAUCUUAAUUGAAAAAGUGAACAAUGAGUCUUGGAAGGGACAAAUAAAACAUGAAAUGUACUAAUAAUAUUUAUUUUACAUUAAAAAAUAAAAUGAAAUCCGAUUUUCCCAUCAACAAAGCAAAUCCUGCCUCAUGAUAUGGUGUGGUAUGGUACAUCGGGACCGGGUCCACUUGUGAGAUGUCAGAUACUUAGACCUCCUACGGCGGGUCCAUUGUAUCACCUCUAUCUUACGGUCCAGGUCCAUAACAACCUGGUCUUCGUUGUUUCUGGGGCCCAGGCCGCACCGGGCUCCCAUGUCUGUCAGAAUCAUCAGGGUCUGCAAAUCUGAGCUUCUCUAGCCGAUGCCACCCCGAACGUCCAAUUCUCCAGAAACCUUAUGGCCUCACAGAAAGCCAUAAGUCCCUUAAAAGGCAACUCCCUCGCCUGGCUAGGCUGCAUAGAUGCCGAUCCCAGGAUCUGCCACCUCUGAUAGGCCAAUACCGGGUAUUCCCAGAGGACAUGAGAAGGUUUCUUCCUCCUCAUUACAUAGACGGCACCAUGAGCCAUCCGCCAGUCCAAGCAGAUGAAGGUUUCGGGAGCCUGGCCUGUCUCAUACCUCCAUAACUGGCCCAGCAGUCCUGGAACCUCCGCAGAAGAAGCUCAUUGAGACUACCCCGACAAGUACUGAGGGGCACUCCAAUCACAGGUUCGGGUCCCACGGGCAGAGUGAAUGAGCCCCGUCUUGCCAGGGCGUCAGCUCGUUCGUUGCCUUCCACACCUGUGUCCCGGUACCCAUAACAACCUAACCCUGUUGGUCAGAGCAAUCUCAUCCAGUGCUCUCUUGCACUCAAGAACCAGCUUAGAGCUGGUCUUGAGCAGAUAGAGAUGGUCCUGCCUGAGCAAGCUCUGUAUGCAAUCUCUUGAGCACAUACCAGAUUCGCAAAAAUCUCGGCCUGAAAGACUGAUGAAUGAGAGCCGAGAGCCUGGCUAGACUCAAAUCCGACUCCAGCGCCUGCCAGCUCGUCCAUACUGAACCCAUCUGUGAACCAGAGGAGCCCAUUCCGACAGAUUAAUGUGGGUUUUCGUUCUACUCACUCUACCCGAUCACUCGAAAUGGUUGUACUGGCAAAUGUUCGCCAUAUCUGUCUCACUUAGUUUAGCCUGCAGAUCAUUGCGGUUGCCCGUGUGGUACAUUAUUAUCCUUAAUAUAAUUUAUUACCCUUAUAAUAUAAUAAUUAAUAUAAAAUGUUUUACACCUUAAUUCUGAAUAACUUUAUCAUUGUUAUUAACUUGUAUGUUAACCUUAUACAAAGCCACGAACCAUAAGUAAACAUCACAUUGAACUGUGCGUGUUGUUUUAAUAGUUUCUUGUGUAUAAAUACAGAUUUAGGCGAAAGACAUUAUAUUAUUCGCGUUACUAGACGCGGGCAUGUCGAAAUAUUGUUGGUAUAGGUCGUAGACACCAUUGUUGACAGUUAUGGUUAGUUACCGUUGUAAAAUGUAAAUAUAAAUGAAUAUAAAUGUAAAAAAAAAAACGUUUCGUUCGUUGCAAUCCGUGACUGCACGCCGGUGUUUGUCCUAGUUGGGUCAGAGAGAGCAGCAUAUGUGCCUCCCGAUGAGAGACUAAUAAGUUUCGAAACCAGUAGAGGUGCUUGCUGCACUCUCUGAUUGAACUGGAAUAAUAAUGAGGCUAUAGUUUCGUGUUGCAACGAAAUUGAAAAUUGUUAUUCAUUUUUGGAAUAUAAAUGUAUUAUUGGAAUUGAA